CAACCUCACAGUUACAAUUUAACACGAAAGCAUGCAACAAUUUCACCAGGUUAGUCUGUUAGGAGGUAUGGAUCUCCAAAGUCCCUCGCCCCAUGGAUCGUAUAAAAACGGCGUUCCAUCGGAUCCGAAAUUAGCGCAGACGGCACCUUGUUUUCAAAAAUUCAAGAUGGCUUCUGGAGUGGUUAACGAAGUGCAAGAUAAAUUUCGUUAUGUUCACAGCUGUGACGUUGAUGCAUUUUUGCAAAUAAAGAUUGGGACUCUUGAGGGACGAAAGAAUUUGGAGAACUAUCAGGAGCUUCUAAACGACCCUCAAUUAAAAUAUUCUGGUCUCCAUCAAAGUUCAUGUCCAGAUCUGUUUGCCACUAUAACUGUUUAUCAUGAUGGAAAACCCAUGUUUAUGCCUGUUCGUACGAUGUACAAGUCUUUCAACACAAGAUGGAAUUGGAACGAAUGGGUUCAAUUACCAAUAAAAUAUCAAGAUCUACCCCGCCAUGCUGAGCUUGGAAUAACCAUUUGGGAUGUGUAUGAUUGCAAACGAUGCAUGACUGUUGGAGGUACUACAGUUUCUCUGUUUGGAAAAUAUGGAACAUUACGCCAGGGAAUACAUGACUUGAGAGUGUGGCCUGGAAAGGUUGCCAACGGGGAUGACAAGACUCCAGGCAAAGUGAGCAAAGGGGCUGCAGAUGAAAUGAGCAAACUAGCUAAGUUAAGUAAAAAGCAUCAUAAAGGCAAAAUUAUGAAAGUCGAUUGGUUAGAUCGUUUGACAUUCCGUGAAAUUGAAAUGGUCAACGAGAAAGAGAAAAGAAAUUCACCAUUUUUUUAUUUAAUGAUUGAAUUUCCCCGAACUGUCUUCAAUGGAGUUGAACAUUCAAUUGUGUACUUUGAGAAGGAUGCUGAUGAGAUUGAGUAUGUGCAAGUUUAUCCAGAAAUAGUAACUGUCCCCGAUCCUGAGAUAUCACUGGAAAAUUUAGUUGAAAGUAAGCACCACCGUCUUACUAGAAGUAUACGAAGUGGGACAAUGUCGCGUGAGCUUAAGCCAAAUGCUGCAAAAAGAGAUCUUUUAACUGCAAUUAUCUCCUACCCACCAUCUGCUCAUCUGACAUCUGAAGAGAAAGAUCUGAUAUGGCAUUUUCGAUUUUAUCUCACCAGUCAAAAAAAGGCACUGACCAAAUUUUUAAAAUGUGUAAAUUGGAAUCAUUCUCAAGAGACCAAGCAGGCAAUCGACGUUCUCCAUAAAUGGGACCCAAUCGAUGCAGUCGAUGCAUUAGAGUUGUUGACGCCACAAUUUACAAAUCGCACAGUUCGCCAAUAUGCAGUGUCACGAUUGAAACAAUCAUCUGAUGAGGAUUUAUUGUUGUAUUUGUUGCAAUUGGUGCAAGCAUUGCGGUAUGAUGUUGAGCCUACUGAUACUGAGAAACAAACAGACUCAUCAACUUCAGAAAAUUCAGACUUGAGUGAAUCUGGUGGAAAUAACACUGGAAAAUCAGAAGAUGAGAUCUUAGAUGGUGGCAACAUUGAUGAACAAGUUACAAGUGAAAAUGAAAACGAAGAAGAUGCAGCAAAAGACAGCUCAUCGGAUAAUGUGUUUCAAUCCAAUACUAGAAAUGCAGUGAAAAAGGAUAGUGGAUCCGAUCUAGCGUCGUUCCUAGUUGUUAGAGCUUGCACCAAUGAUAAAAUCGCAAAUUUCUUUUACUGGUAUCUCUUUGUUGAGUGUAAAGAUGCAAGAGAUAAAAAAGUGACAGACAUGUAUUACAAUAUAAUGAGAAGAUUCAGUAAAGCACUUCUUAAUGGAAAUCACGACUGUCGAAGACGGCGAAGCAUGUUAGGAAGAGAACAGAAAUUUCUUGAUAAAAUAACAGAGCUUGUGAAACAAAUACAACAGUUUAGUGGGAACAGGAAGAAAAAGAUUGAAAAGCUUCAACAGUUACUUGAUACACCAGAAUAUGUGAGCUUCGAACCUUUACCCUUACCUCUUGAUCCUGAUAUCAAAGUGAAAGGCAUCAUCCCACAUAAAGCCAGCAUAUUUAAAUCAGCCUUGAUGCCUAUGAAGCUGACAUUUAGAACGAUACAGAAUAAAGAUUAUGUGGCGAUUUUUAAAAAUGGCGAUGAUUUGAGACAGGAUCAACUUGUCCUUCAAAUGAUUUCAUUGAUGGAUAAGUUACUGAUGCGUGAAAAAUUGGAUUUGAAGCUAACGCCGUAUAACGUGCUUGCCACUAGUAUUAGUCAAGGUUUAGUUCAAUUUAUUGAUUCACAAGCAGUUGCGCAAAUAUUACGAGAUGAGACAAGCAUCCAGAACUUUUUUCGCAAGUACUCGCCAAUGGAAGGGGCUCCGUAUGGUAUCCAACCUGAAACCAUGGAUUGUUACGUGAAAAGCUGUGCGGGUUAUUGUGUGAUUACGUAUUUGCUUGGCGUUGGUGACCGACAUUUGGAUAACUUAUUAUUGACCAAAAGUGGUAAUUUGUUUCAUAUCGAUUUUGGUUAUAUUCUUGGUCGCGAUCCGAAACCAUUUCCACCACCGAUGAAAUUAAGUAAAGAGAUGGUGGAAGGCAUGGGUGGUACUACAAGUGACUAUUACCAACAAUUUCGUAAACUAUGUUUCACAGCGUUUCUUCAUUUGAGAAGAUAUGCCAAUCUGUUCCUCAAUUUAUUCAGUUUAAUGGUGGACGCGUCUGUUCCAGACAUCGCGCUGGAGCCUGACAAAACUGUAAAAAAGGUACAGGACAAAUUUCGUCUUGAUUUGACUGACGAAGAGGCUGUACAAUAUUUGCAAGGAUUAAUUGAUGAAAGUGUUAGCGCCGUGUUUGCUUCCCUGGCUGAACAAAUUCACAAGUUUGCGCAGUACUGGAGAAGGUAGCUGAUGGGACCAUUUUAUUCGAAAUUGGCGAAUCGGUAUAUUAUCUUGAGAAGGUUUUACAUAGAAUUAUAUCUUUGUGUAAAUAGCGCUGACGCUGCUUUUGUUGAUGUAAAUAGAAUUCUAUUGCAAACUACGAUGUACAGUGUCCCUAUCACGCUUAGAGCGUGACGGUUUCCAAAAUUAUAAUUAAUGAUGACUUAUUUACGGCUGACUACUAAUAUAGAUAAAGAUCAGGAAAUUUUGGGGUUUUUUACGAAAAUUAGUUUGUUUUUUCUAAGUAAGAGCUGUGCCGAAAGUAGAUCAAGUUCGAUUUUGUAAAAUGUUCUUCAAGAAAAGUUUUUUUAAAGUUCAAAUAAAACGGCAUCGUAGAUUGUUGUUUUUUGUUGUUGUUUUUUCGUUUUUUGACUUAUUAGACAUUUUAUAAAUAUAUAUUUGGUAUAGACAUAAUUAGUUAUUGAGAAAAUAAACUUGUAAAUAAGCUUGUUGUAUUAUUGUAUAAAUGGCCAUGGGUAUUACUGCGACAAGAAAGGUUAGGAAAGGAGAAGCAACGGUUUACGUGUCUCUGCACAUUUUUUUCAAAUAGAAAAUAUUGAAACGAAAACACGAAACUUCUUAAAAGGAAAUCAAUACUGCAAAUUAUCUUAGAGAUUCUUUCCAGAUUGUGUGAAAAACCUGGAAAUUUAGAUGAAUAUGAAAAGUUAUUAUGCAGAAAAUUGUGUGCGAAACAAAUGCUGAUGAAGUGUCUUUUGGUAAGUGUCUUAAAUCUGCUUAAAUCGUAUGUCGGUAAAUUAAUGUUAAAAUAAGUAAGCUUUCGGUAAAUUUAAUGUUGAGCUUAAUGUAGAAAAAUCUGUCCGACUUUUCAUGUUAACACCCACACAUAGCUUAUCUGAUGAAUGUAGUAGUUUUUAAUUACCUAACGAAUGGAGGAGUCGUUUUUUUUUCUCUAAUAAACCAAGAAGGUAAGGAACGUUGGAGUUUUUUUUUUUUUUUGUUUUGUUUUUUUAAAGGAACUAACGAGAUUGGAACGGAGAGGUUUUUUUUAUUUUUCUCUAUGGGACCAAGGAGGUAAGGAACGGGUGAGUCCGUUUUGUUUUUCUUUAAGAAACUAAGGAGGUAAGAAACGGAGGAGUAGUUUUUGUUUUUCUCUAAGAACCAAGUAGAUUGGGACGGAGAUGUUGUUUUUCUUUUUCUCUAUGGAACCAAGGAGGUAAGGAACGGGUGAGUCCGUUUUGUUUAUCUUUAAGAAACUAAGGAGGUAAGAAAUGGAGGAGUAGUUUUUGUUUAUCUUUAAGAAACUAAGGAGGUAAGAAACGGAGGAGUUGUUUUUGUUUUUCUCUAAGAAACUAAGGAGGUAAGAAACGGACGAGUUGUUUUUGUUUAUCUUUAAGAAACUAAGGAGGUAAGAAAUGGAGGAGUAGUUUUUGUUUUUCUUUAAGAAACUAAGGAGGUAAGAAACGGAGGAGUAGUUUUUGUUUUUCUUUAAGAAACUAAGGAGGUAAGAAACGGACGAGUUGUUUUUGUUUAUCUUUAAGAAACUAAGGAGGUAAGAAAUCGAGGAUUAGUUUUUGUUUUUCUUUAAGAAACUAAGGAGGUAAGAAACACAGGAGUUGCUUUUGUUUUUCUUUAAGAAACUAAGGAGGUAAGAAACGGAGGAGUUUUUUUUUUCGUUAAGAAACUAAGGAGGUAAGAAAUGGAGGAGUUGUUUUUGUUUAUCUUUAAGAAACUAAGGAGGUAAGAAAUGGAGGAGUAGUUUUUGUUUAUCUUUAAGAAACUAAGGAGGUAAGAAACGGAGGAGUAGUUUUUGUUUUUCUUUAAGAAACUAAGGAGGUAAGAAACGGACGAGUUGUUUUUGUUUAUCUUUAAGAAACUAAGGAGGUAAGAAAUCGAGGAUUAGUUUUUGUUUUUCUUUAAGAAACUAAGGAGGUAAGAAACACAGGAGUUGCUUUUGUUUUUCUUUAAGAAACUAAGGAGGUAAGAAACGGAGGAGUUUUUUUUUUCGUUAAGAAACUAAGGAGGUAAGAAAUGGAGGAGAAGUUUUUGUUUUUCUCUAAGAAACUAAGGAGGUAAGAAACGGACGAGUUGUUUUUGUUUAUCUUUAAGAAACUAAGGAGGUAAGAAAUGGAGGAGUAGUUUUUGUUUUUCUUUAAGAAACUAAGGAGGUAAGAAACGGAGGAGUAGUUUUUGUUUUUCUCUAAGAAACUAAGGAGGUAAGAAACACAAGAGUUUUUUUUAUUUUUCUCUAUGGGACCAAGGAGGUAAGGAACGGGUGAGUCCGUUUUGUUUAUCUUUAAGAAACUAAGGAGGUAAGAAACGGACGAGUUGUUUUUGUUUAUCUUUAAGAAACUAAGGAGGUAAGAAAUGGAGGAGUAGUUUUUGUUUUUCUUUAAGAAACUAAGAAGGUAAGAAACACAGGAGUUGUUUUUGUUUUUCUUUAAGAAACUAAGGAGGUAAGAAACGGAGGAGUAGUUUUUGUUUUUCUCUAAGAAACUAAGGAGGUAAGAAACGGACGAGUUGUUUUUGUUUUUCUUUAAGAAACUAAGGAGGUAAGAAAUGGAGGAGUAGUUUUUGUUUUUCUUUAAGAAACUAAGGAGGUAAGAAACGGACGAGUUGUUUUUGUUUAUCUUUAAGAAACUAAGGAGGUAAGAAAUGGAGGAGUAGUUUUUGUUUUUCUUUAAGAAACUAAGAAGGUAAGAAACACAGGAGUUGUUUUUGUUUUUCUUUAAGAAACUAAGGAGGUAAGAAAUGGAGGAGUAGUUUUUGUUUUUCUCUAAGAAACUAAGGAGGUAAGAAACGGACGAGUUGUUUUUGUUUUUCUUUAAGAAACUAAGGAGGUAAGAAAUGGAGGAGUAGUUUUUGUUUUUCUUUAAGAAACUAAGAAGGUAAGAAACACAGGAGUUGUUUUUGUUUUUCUUUAAGAAACUAAGGAGGUAAGAAACGGAGGAGUUUUUUUUUUCUUUAAGAAACUAAGGAGGUAAGAAAUGGAGGAGUAGUUUUUGUUUUUCUCUAAGAAACUAAGGAGGUAAGAAACGGACGAGUUGUUUUUGUUUUUCUUUAAGAAACUAAGGAGGUAAGAAAUGGAGGAGUAGUUUUUGUUUUUCUUUAAGAAACUAAGGAGGUAAGGAACGGACGAGUUGUUUUUGUUUAUCUUUAAGAAACUAAGGAGGUAAGAAACGGACGAGUUGUUUUUGUUUAUCUUUAAGAAACUAAGGAGGUAAGAAAUGGAGGAGUAGUUUUUGUUUUUCUGUAAGAAACUAAGGAGGUAAGAAACACAGGAGUUGUUUUUGUUUUUCUUUAAUAAACUAAGGAGGUAAGAAACGGAGGAGUUUUUUUUUUCUUUAAGAAACUAAGGAGGUAAGAAAUGGAGGAGUAGUUUUUGUUUUUCUCUAAGAAACUAAGGAGGUAAGAAACGGACGAGUUGUUUUUGUUUUUCUUUAAGAAACUAAGGAGGUAAGAAAUGGAGGAGUAGUUUUUGUUUAUCUUUAAGAAACUAAGGAGGUAAGAAACGGACGAGUUGUUUUUGUUUAUCUUUAAGAAACUAAGGAGGUAAGAAAUGGAAGAGUAGUUUUUGUUUUUCUUUAAGAAACUAAGGAGGUAAGAAAUGGAGGAGUUGUUUUUUUUUUCUUUAAGAAACUAAGGAGGUAAGAAACGGAGGAGUUUUUUUUUUCGUUAAGAAACUAAGGAGGUAAGAAAUGGAAGAGUAGUUUUUGUUUUUCUUUAAGAAACUAAGGAGGUAAGAAACACAGGAGUUGUUUUUGUUUUUCUUUAAGAAACUAAGGAGGUAAGAAAUGGAGGAGUAGUUUUUGUUUUUCUCUAAGAAACUAAGGAGGUAAGAAACGGACGAGUUGUUUUUGUUUUUCUUUAAGAAACUAAGGAGGUAAGAAAUGGAGGAGUAGUUUUUGUUUUUCUUUAAGAAACUAAGGAGGUAAGAAACACAGGAGUUUUUUUAUUUUUCUCUAUGGGACCAAGGAGGUAAGGAACGGGUGAGUCCGUUUUGUUUAUCUUUAAGAAACUAAGGAGGUAAGAAACGGAGGAGUUGUUUUUUUUUCUUUAAGAAACUAAGGAGGUAAGAAAUGGAGGAGUAGUUUUUGUUUUUCUUUAAGAAACUAAGGAGGUAAGAAACGGACGAGUUGUUUUUGUUUUUCUUUAAGAAACUAAGGAGGUAAGAAACACAGGAGUUGUUUUUGUUUUUCUUUAAGAAACUAAGGAGGUAAGAAACGGAGGAUUUUUUGUUUUUCUUUAAGAAACUAAGGAGGUAAGAAACACAUGAGUUGUUUUUGUUUUUCUUUAAGAAACUAAGGAGGUAAGAAACGGAGGAGUUUUUUUUUUCUUUAAGAAACUAAGGAGGUAAGAAACGGAGGAGUUGUUUUUGUUUUUCUCUAAGAAACUAAGGAGGUAAGAAACGGAGGAGUUGUUUUUGUUUUUCUUUAAGAAACUAAGGAGGCAAGAAACGGAGGAGUUGUUUUUCUUUUCUUCUAAGAAACUAAGGAGGUAAGAAACAGAGGAGUUGUUUUUGUUUUACUCUGAGAAACUAAGGAGGUAAAGAACGGGGGAGUAGUUUUCGUUUACCCGAUAAUAAAGAGUCUUUUCCUAGCCUAACUGAAAAAAGAUUCCAAUUCGCAAUUAUAAAAUCGGCGUGUGUUGUUUUCUUAAUUACCGAACGGAGGAGAGAAUAAUAUUGAUUUUCUUUUUUUGUGUGAUAAAAGAAUUAUAUUCUCCUAUUAACGUACUAAUCCUGAUUACACAAUUUUGACAACUAUUUUUUGUUUACUGAUCCCUAAUAAUCCGUGUUGAGGUUUUAAAAAAACUUUUAGACGAGAAAGCUUGGUAAUACGCUGCAAGGAAACAUGGCCAUUAUUAUGUAUAGUUUGUCAAAAAACUUUUCACAAUGUUUAGUUCUGCUAUCCAGAUUACAUAUGUGUCAUAUAUGUUAUUUUUUACUGAGCUAAUUUAAAUCAUCUAAUUAUAAAUUAAGGUUCAGCGAUAACUUGGCGACAUCUUUGUUAUUUUGUUAUCAAGAACGAUAAAAGAAGAAAAUAGUAUCAGCAGGGUUAAAAAGUUUUUCAUAUGGUAGAGAGACAUGCAAAAGCAGUAAAGAGUAGACUUUUAAUUUUAAUUUAUUAUCUUGUUGUUGUUUGUUUGGUUUUUGUUGUUGUUGUUGUUUUGCGAUGUUCCUCUUCUUGUUGUUGUUAUUGUGGUGGUUUUUUUGUUGUUCUAUUGUUGGUUUUGUUGUAGUGUUAUUAUCGUGUCUUCAUUAUGUUUGUUCUUGAAUGUUAAGAGGUCUCCAUUACGUCAUGGAGAUCUCUCAUCAUUAGGCUUAAUCCACAUACACUUUUUUAUAUAAAAGUGGUGGAAAAUGGGAACUAAGGAAACCAUAGAUUUGUCUUUUUGCGGUAAAAUAUACUGGAAACAUAAGCCAUAAGUUUUAUUUUGCGAAACUUGUAAUGCGUAGGUUUUGGGUUGCAAAAAGUUGUAAUGGUGAGGAAGAAACUUUAGAUACCAAGACAAAAUAGGAAUACCUCAAACUAAGUCUAAAUUUCUAUUUUUAUAAAAAUCAAUCAAGGAGUCA